AUCUAACGUAGAAAAAGGAAAAGGGUAGGGUAGGGUGGGCGGUCCACAGAGAGAGAAGAGAUGGCGGUGAGAGCAGAAGCAUUGAACGCGUACAGAGCGUUGCUAAGAGCGACUCGGAAAACGUUCGCCGGCGACUCACUGAUGCUGACCGAGUCGGCCUCCGAGGUACGUAAAAAAUUCGAAGAUAAUAGGCACGUGACCUCCGAGCCCGAGAUCCGUAAGCUCCUCGACGAUGCACGUGAGGCCUCCCAUUUCAUCUCCACCAUGAUUGUCCAAGCCAAGCUCAACUCUACCGGUGGUUACGUAGUGAAGCCAGAUAAAGGGCAUGCAGGAGCGACACUCGAGGUUCCUUCUGAAGAGAUUCUUAAGAGUUAAGCCACCUAAAGAAUAGUAUCAGUGGAGUUCAAUACAAUGUUUUUGAACAUCAUUUGCCUCAGAUUGGAGCUGCUUAUUUGAUCACCAUCUUCCCCUGUAACUUUCACCAAUAGUGUUCUUGAUGGACUCCGUCAAAGAUUUUCAGUUUUGCUAUUUGUUCAAGACUUCACUUAAUGAUUUUUCUCUGAGCUCCCUUGGGUUGUUGCUGAAAAACUUGUCUUGGAACAUUACUCCUUAAGAUCAUGUUGCAUCAUAUGAAAAGUGUUUAUGUCUGGAAUUAUGGAUAGUGAUUACAUUCUUCUACAAAAGUUACUAUAA